UUCCACAAUUAUUUGAAGACUUCGACAGGAACCAUGAACCAAACAGCUAUGAAUAAUGCAAAUCAACAAGCCAAAGGAAAAAGAGAAAACACUUAUAGAGGAAUUCGAAAGCGACCUUGGGGCAAGUUUGCAGCGGAGAUACGUGACCCUACAAAGAACGGGGCACGAACUUGGCUAGGAACAUUUAAUAGUGCUGAGGAGGCGGCCCGUGCUUAUGAUAGGGCCGCAUAUGCGUUAAGGGGGCAUCAGGCUAUCCUUAACUUUCCUAACGAAGGCCAUUAUCGCAACGAUGCUACAUCCGAGAGUAGGGGAUCUAAGAAAGAGACAGUAGAGGUGAUUGAGUUCGAGUAUUUGGAUGAUAAGUUAUUGGAGGACCUUCUUGGAAGUUAAUUAUUUAUUAGUUCGAGUUUUGUAAUGGGUGUUAAAAACUUUGCAACAUGUAAAUCGUUAAAGUUCGAAGUUUUUUUUUAUGUUAAAAGCAAUGUAUUUAUUGAUAUUUUUUUAAUAAAAUGAAAUAAAUGCGUAUUA